AUUGACAUUUCAAAGUUGUGCCAGAGACACGAAAAAUUCCAAUUUGCAAAUUGCGAUCAACAGUGCUAUUUUUCUAUUAUAUGUUCGUAAAUUUGUCUAUUUGUCGUUAACUUGUGAAAAAGUUGAAUAUAUUGUUCGUAUUACAGUGUUUAUUUACAAUUUCAUAUAGUUGAGAAAUACAACAGGUAUUCACCUCAAGUAAAUCAAAGUGCAAAUCAGUUUAACCCCAACGCCAAUUAAAUAAGCACGCGAAUUCCGAUGGCAAAGAGCUGUUGUUAAAAUUGCAACUAAAGGAGGCUGCUUGACUCCCUUACGCCACUCUCUACCUACGGAAUUUGUGGUCCAGCUUUGUUGGUGUGAAGCGCUAAGUUAUAUUAGCGAUAACUGUAAUAUCGGAAAAAACUAGCAAGCAGUGGUGGACUAGCGUGGGUGUUAUGUUGAGCGACGGUUGAUUUAAAUAUAAAAGUAUUACAAAAUGGAUGUUGCUGUAGUUAUUGAUACACAAAUAACCGAAUAUCUGGAGGAUAGAAAAUGCGCGCUGGAAGAAAUGAAGCAAGCCAUCCAGACAGUGGGCGCAAACUUUCAACGAGUGCCGUUUGAUAAACUGGAUUUCGGCGAAACGAAUAUGCUAGAAACUUUCUACAAUGCAGAUGUGGCCAUCAUUGAUUUGAGUAUAUUGGUGCAACAGCGUUCACUUUCCUAUCAUCUGGGCGUACGUGAAAGCUUCGGUAUGAAAGGGAAUAUAAUCGUCUACAAUGACAUGCAAUCCAAGCAGACAUUGUGCCUUAAGCUUUCAUGUGCCAAUUAUCAAUUUCUAUCGUACAAACGAAACGAAGAGACUUCUACCUGUUAUUUAACAAACUUCAAUAAGGAACUGCCAGUGGAUACUAAAAUGCCAACACUACUGUCGCGUUUAAAACGUCUUUUACAGGAUGUAGAAAUUCAAUCCAAAGCUCAUAUGCGUGAAAAGUUUCUAUCCGAUCUGCGUUCAGCGCGUGAAGCUUACGGCGCAAACGCACCGAAAUUGCAAAAAAUUCUCCAUGACAUGCGCAAGCGUUUGGAUGAUGUGCAUGUGCUAUCCGGUGAAGUGGUGCACAGUUUUAUGUGUUCACUACGCGAUGUACAAGAUUACGAUGCAAUGGUGCGUUUGGUGAGCGAUUUACGCAACAUACCAAACACACGGAAAUAUGUUGAGACUGGAAAUAUGAGUUUUCUGUAUGCCUUCGCUUUGAAUCGUCGCAACCGUAAGGGAGAUCGUGAGAAAGCGCUAGCAUCAUCGUUGAAAGCAUUGGAGAGGAAAGAGAACGAGUUCCCCGAUAUGUUGUGUCUAUGCGGAAGAAUUUAUAAAGAUAUAUUUGUGGAAUCCGAUUAUGAAGAUAAAGAUAGUUUGAAGAAUGCCAUAAAAUGGUAUCGGCAAAGUUUCGAUGUGCAACCGAAUGAAUAUGCAGGCAUAAACUUAGCCACAUUGCUAGUAAUAGAUGGUAAAGAAUUUAGCAAUACGGAGGAAUUGCAAAAUAUUGGCAUAACAUUGAAUAAUCUGAUUGGUAAGAAAGGCAGCUUAUCGUCACUGACAGAAUAUUGGGAUGUGGCGACCUUUUUUGAGAUUUCCGUGCUCGCCGAAGAUUAUGCAAAAGCGAUACAGGCGGCUGAGUGCAUGUUCAAAUUGAAACCGCCGAAUUGGUAUCUCAAGUCGACAAUUGGAAAUAUUUUGUUGAUACAUCGCUUCCGCAAGAGACCUGAGGAUCACAUUUACUCAAUAGAAGAGCAAAUAUUUCAAUUUUGGAUGGACUUUUUUAUGGUGGCCACCAAUACAGAGGAGAUCACCAGUGUGCGCAUGCCCAUACUCAUUUUGGAACCACAAAAAAUCUACAUGCCGAGUUAUGUUAACAUUAAUAUGGACGCAGAUGAGAAAUCAAUACAAAUCAUUAAUAUAUGUUUGGCGCACUCGAAGAACACUUGUAAAAAGGUGCAUGACUUCGUCUUCACGGCCUCACAAAUUAAGUCUGUGAGCUUGUAUAAACGUGACGAUCGUUGUGCAUACCUUUAUGUGCAUCAUAACUCAGAUGAUUUCCAAAUAUAUUUUCCAUCUACGGAAUGUCGUCAAAAAUUUUAUGAACUUAUUCUGGAAAUGGCAUCAGAUCAAGAGGUCUUUGUUAAUCUAGAUGUCGAUGAAGUGCGACAAAUAGAGUUUGAAUAUGAUUAUGAUGACCAAAAUCGAAAAAUAAUACUAGGAAAAGGCACGUAUGGCACCGUCUAUGCAGCACGUGAUAAACACACCCAAGUACGUAUUGCUAUAAAGGAAGUGCCAGAACGCAACUCACAGGAUGUGCAACCGCUGCACGAAGAGAUCAAACUGCAUUCACAACUGCGUCACCGUAACAUCGUACAGUACUUGGGCUCGAUCUCAGAAGAUGGCUUCUUUAAGAUUUUCAUGGAACAAGUGCCCGGAGGCUCACUCUCCGAUUUGCUGGAAAAGAAAUGGGGUCCGCUUAAGGACAACGAGUCCACCAUGGCUUUCUACUCGAAACAAAUACUCGAAGGUCUCAAGUAUCUGCACGAACAGAAAAUUGUGCAUCGCGAUAUCAAAGGUGACAACGUGUUGGUGAACACCUACAGCGGUGUGGUGAAAAUAUCCGAUUUUGGCACAUCAAAGCGUUUAGCCGGCAUUAAUCCCAUGACAGAGACAUUUACCGGCACACUGCAGUACAUGGCGCCGGAGGUGAUCGAUCAAGGUUUUCGUGGUUAUGGACCUGCCGCUGAUAUAUGGUCAUUCGGUUGUACGAAUGUAGAGAUGGCAACGGGCAAACCGCCGUUCAUUGAGUUGGGUUGUGCGCAGGCGGCCAUGUUUAAGGUUGGCUACUAUAAGAAGCAUCCAAAUAUACCGGAGGAGCUAUCGCCUAUGGCGCGAAAUUUCAUUUUACGCUGUUUUGCGAUUAGCGUAACGGAUCGUCCAACGUCGGCGCAACUAUUGGAAGAUCCCUUCCUGAAUGAUAAACAUCGUAAAUUGCGCUUGAAUGCACCAUCUUCUUCGGAAUUCGGACGCAGUAUCUCCGUGCCCGCCGAUCGUUUAGUAAAUAAGUCUACCUUGCCUGCCCUUAUGAGUUCAAUCAGCGCCAACACCUGUAAUACUCCCACCACGCCUGAAUUAGAAAUAACACACGCGUCUUCCGUCGACAUCGAUGAGUUGCCCAGCACGCAGUUCUCACUCGAACGUCGCAACUCAUCAGGUUUUCUGCUUUCUCCCGAAAUUGAGGCUUCCACACCAUCGCUACGCACAAACGCCAGCGAAACCAGUGAAACGGACGGUUUCUAUCGCCUGAAAAAGGAUUCACAGCGUCGCACUACAUUAUCGAAGGUGCUGCGCAUGGAUGAGGAUAAAAUCUGCAAUUUAUGGAUGGAUCGUAUACAAACGGAUCAUACAAUUAGCGUGUUAAUAACAAAAACCGAAUUACAAACGCUCAUACGUGGACUCCGCGAGUAUAUUGUUAAUGAGAAGGAGAAGAAUUUAGAGGCUACCAUAACGGGACUGAAACACUCACUAAACGACGAUGUGGCCGUAGAUCACCUGCAUCUGGCACUAUAUGCCUUCCAAGAUGCCGUAGUCACAGUAUUGCGCUCGCAUUUCAUUAAACCACAUUGGAUGUUUGCGUUGGAUAACUUAGUGAAAAGCGCCGUGCAGGCGGCUGUCACGAUUUUAUCGCCAGAGCUUGGUGCCAAUUUAGCCGGCAAGGAGCUAUCCUGCAAUGACGACGAGAGCGUUCAUAAUCCACAACACACCUCAACGGAUAGUCAGGAGAAGAUAACCGGCGAACAGACCAUAGUCACACUAGCCGAGGAGGAUGAGGGCGGUUUCACACCGAGCGAAUGUGCACGCAUCUUGCGCGAUAUGCGCGAUAACGACCAACAAUUUCAGCGUCAGCAUUUGGAACAACAGAAGCAGCUAUUAAAAGCGCAUCGCAACCUAAGCAAAGAGUUAGCGCACAUCUUUGCUGGCGCGCGCAAGGCGAGACGUCCCUUUGCCAACCUGCAUCGUCGACCACAGCGCGCCACUGCAGCCAAGCAGCAAAAUUUCAGUCGCUCAUUGAAUAAACGUACUUAUGAUAUUAGCGAAAUCGAUGAGCAACUGGCGCAAUGGCUCACCACUCACGGUAUCGACGAAUUCUCACAGACCAUAAUACUGAACGAAGGUUUCACUUAUGAAGAUUUUGUGUUCAAUACAGAGAAAUUAGAUCUGAUGCGUUUGGAAUUGAGAUUGGGCGUAGAAGUGCGUCUAUGGAAAUUAAUCAACCAAACACGCAUGGGUAUGGAUGUGAUUGAUGCUGAGAGCACUAGUAGUCAACAGAUCAAUGCACAAAGUACCGAUAAUGCUGGUGCCUUAAAGCGUAGUAAAACUACGGUACCGAAUUAUAGAAGCAGUCGUGACCGAAGUCAGAGUAGUCGCAAGCGCAUUUUAAAUGCAAAUGCGGCAAAUAAUAACAUCAGCGAUAAUGAUCAUGCCAACGCCAAUACGAGGCAAACUGAGAGCGAAUACGAUUCAUGUAGUGAAUAAACUACGAAUCGUGCGCCCAAUACGCACACAUACUUAUACAGCAUAUUCGAGUAUGUUUGUUUGUACAUACAUACUAUGUGACAUUGGUUUCAUGCAAUUGUGGGCGCUAAGCGCUACUAAAUUCUAACAUUUGUUGUUGUUCAUAAUUUCGUUCCGUUUAAAGUUUUAGCACAUACCUGCAUAGAUACAUACACAAAAACAAAGAAAACAAAACUACUAACCUCUGCUGAAUCACAUAAAAUAUUACAAUCAAAAGCAAAAAACAAAAAAAAAAAUAAAAAUAUAUAUUUUCUAAUCUGUUAUACAAGUUAAAAAAUUAAUUAAGCAGAAAGUUAUAAAUAAUAAAAUGAAAGCAGCAUAAUUGUGUUAAAAACUACUGAAUAACUACAAGUGAAGGUUUUAAUGAACAGAAGCUUUGCGGGUGAGUUAUUUUUUUUUUUUGUUAUUUUUUUCUAAUUAAAUUUAAAAACCUUUCAUUAUAAAUAUAUAUCGGGUUUUUUAAUAGGACGCUAUAAAAGUAGAGCGAUAGGGACAGCUCUUUUGUAGUGUUUGCCAUUUCAUCAUGGAAAGAUAUACGAUCCAACAACGAGUCGAAAUCAUUAAAAUUUAUUACUGAAUUUCGGAGUCAGUGGCCUCAAAUUUAAGAGCGCUACGUCCAAUUCAAUGGUCGUCAUAAUCGUCCAGUCAGAUCAACAACUGAGCGUCUAGUGGAAAAAUUUGAAACCAUAGGCACAGUACAAAAAGUUUCCGUGCCAGUGAGACAAAGUAGAGCCCACAGUGUCGGGAAUAUUGCUGUCGCUAGUGCAUCAAUUGAGAAAGACCCAAAUCAGUCUCACACAAGACGUUCUGAAGUGUUGGGCAUCUCUGUGACGUCGUUGUGGCGAAUUUUGCGAAAAGAUCUUGGCCUACGUUCUUACAAGAUCAAAUUGACGCAAGAACUGAAGUCGCUUGAUCAUCAGAACCAUCGUAUGUUCGUGAAUUAGGCUGAGCAACUACUUGAAAAUGAUCCGGAUUUUCAUGGAAAAAUCAUCUUCAGCGAUUAGGCUUCAGGGGAUUAGGCUGAUUGGCUUCGUCAAUAAACAAAAUAUGCGUUAUUGGUCAGGCAGCAAUUCACACGUACUCCAUGAUUUUCCAUUACAUACCGAAAAAAUUACGGUUUGGUGUGGUUUAUGCGCCAGCGGCGUAAUUGGGCCGUAAUUCUUCUGCGAUGAGCAAGACCGGCACGUUACUGGGAAUGGGAUUCGCUACCGCUCAAUGAUAAUCGAAUACUUUCGGUCCAAAUUGGAUGAUUUGGACUUGGACAAUAUGUGGUACCUACAGGACGGCGCCACAAACCACUCAGCGAAUGUCACAAUCGAUUUAUUGAAAACUAAGUUUGGUGAAUGUGUUAUCUCACGAAAGGCUCCAGUCAAUUGGUCGCCCCGGUCGUGUGAUUUGACGCAGUUAGACUAUUUUCUGUGUGGCUACGGCAAGUCUAUGGCCUAUGCCAACAAGCCAGAACUUGGACGAAUAUCGAACGUUAAAUGUCAGCAGUCGAAAAUUGGGUUAAGCGUCUAGAGCGUCUGCAAGCGUGCCCGUGGUUGCCAAAAGAAAUCGAGUUCCAUACAUCGAAUGUACUUUCACAGGAAUAAAGAAUUGAUACGCGAUUUUGUAGUGCUCUUAUUGAAAACCCCAUUCUAAUAUUGUAUAAUUAAACACGUCCGAUGAUAGGGUGAGGGAUAGUCUGAAGGAUUGUUUCUUCUUGACUGGCGUAGAAACCGCUUUCGCGGUUAUAGUCGAGUCCACAACAGCACGCCAUGCAUCUCCUCUCCUCUCUCCUUUUGGCAGUUUGGCGCCAAUUGGUAAUACCAAGUGAAGACAGGUCCUUCUCCACCUGGUCCUUCCAUCGGAGUGGAGGUCUCCCUCUUCCUCGGCUUCCACCAGCGGGUACUGCAUCGAAAACUUUCAAAACAGGGGCACUUUUUCUCAUCGGAUGUUGACACCGUCCACGCUUCUGCGUUUAGUUUUUGUUCGUCGAGAGAGGACUUUACUGAAGGAUUGUUUAGUUAGUAAAUUAGUCAAUCUUUCUUCUAACUUUACAAAAAUUUCCCUUCUCAAAAUUUAUAGUGCAAUAGAGUGGCUCAAAUUAAUUUGCCAGUUUUAUUUAAAUAAAAAAAAAUUUAUUACAAUUUGAGGUCUAAAAUACUUCUCAAAAACCAGUUGACUUUUCAUCAUAUUCAGCAACUUUUGUUUUUCCAUUUUUAAUUUUACUCAAUUCUAUAUCUCAAUUAAAAAAUACUUCAACAAUUGUUAACCUUAAAUACAUGAUAUUUACGACAGACAUAAAUAUCUUCCAAUUAGAAGUCAGUUAUAGUAGAAAUUAAUGGAUUGGAAACUCUCGAUAGUAUUUCGAGAUGACAUGGCAUUUUUUCACUUCUCUCUCUCUCUCUCCCUCGACACUGUAGACACUUUAUUAAAAUUUUAAAAAUAUUAUACUAUACCCAUUAUAUUGUUAAACUCUAUUUGAAUAAUUUUUUUUUUAUUAAAUGAAAAGCCAGUUUUUUUUUAACUUUUUGCAAGUUCGUUUGCUCUUUUAUUUUUUUGUUUAAUUUUUUUAAGUCUUUGAUGACGUUGCACUUUAUGUUUAAUAUAUUUAUCUAUGUCAAUAAUUAUAUUCAUAAACAUUAUCAUUCUUAUAAAUUCACUCUCUCUUUUAAAACAAUUGAAUCUCUUCGUUAUGUUGCUGCUAGUUGUUUCCAUAAAUGUUGUCAUUGUCGUUGUUGUUUUGUUGUUAUUUUUUCUCGUAUUUGUUGCUGUCAUUACAUCGCUAACUGCGGGCACAUGUCGUCGGCGAACUUAUGCCUUGGACUCCGAUUCGUUUGUAGUGGCCUGUGACUGAGCGUCGCUGGACUUGCCA